CAGUCUAUAAUCUCAUAGAGGCUUAUACGUUUCUCUCUCUCUCUCUAUAUCACUCUCUCUCUUUCUCCCCGUAUCCAUCUCUCUUUCUAUUUAUAGGUUUUUCCUCUUCCAAGGUCACGAUCUUAUCCACAGCACCAGUUAUCGCAAGGAAAGAUUUGAGGCCCGUUUAUUCUUCUUGAUCUACUGAGGAUCCGAUUCGAUCGGGCAGGUAAAUGAUUUUGUAACAAGUAAAAACGUGAUCGGUGGAUUUGUAUAGCAAUGGCUUCGGUGGGUGUAGCACCUACUUUUGGUGUAAGACAAUCCAGUGUCCAUACAGUUGGUGUUGAUCGGUUGCCUGAGGAAAUGAAUGACAUGAAAAUUAGGGAUGAUAAGGACAUGGAAGCCACAGUUGUCGAUGGUAAUGGGACCGAGACAGGUCAUAUAAUAGUGACAACUAUAGGUGGUCGAAAUGGCCAGCCGAAGCAGACUAUUAGCUACAUGGCUGAGCGUGUUGUAGGACAAGGGUCAUUUGGAGUAGUAUUUCAGGCGAAGUGCUUAGAGACAGGUGAAACUGUGGCUAUAAAGAAGGUUCUCCAAGACAAGAGAUACAAGAAUAGAGAGUUACAAACCAUGCGUCUCCUUGACCACCCAAAUGUUGUUGCUUUAAAGCACUGUUUCUUUUCUACAACUGAAAAAGAUGAACUCUUUCUUAAUCUGGUACUUGAGUAUGUUCCUGAGACUGUUCAUCGUGUAAUUAAACACUACAAUAAGCUGAACCAGAGGAUGCCACUGAUAUAUGUGAAGCUGUAUACAUAUCAGAUCUUCAGGGCGUUGUCGUACAUUCAUCGUGGUAUUGGAGUGUGUCACCGGGACAUAAAGCCUCAAAACCUUUUGGUGAAUCCACAUACCCACCAGCUCAAACUAUGUGACUUUGGAAGUGCUAAAGUUUUGGUUAAAGGGGAGCCAAAUAUUUCUUACAUAUGCUCAAGGUAUUAUAGAGCGCCUGAACUUAUAUUUGGGGCGACUGAGUAUACUACAGCUAUUGACGUCUGGUCUGUUGGUUGUGUUCUUGCUGAGCUACUUCUUGGACAGCCUUUGUUUCCCGGUGAAAGUGGAGUCGACCAGCUUGUUGAGAUUAUUAAGGUUUUGGGUACUCCAACAAGGGAGGAAAUUAAAUGCAUGAACCCAAACUACACAGAGUUCAAAUUCCCACAAAUUAAAGCUCAUCCCUGGCACAAGAUAUUCCAUAAACGCAUGCCUCCAGAAGCUGUUGAUCUAGUUUCGAGACUGCUGCAAUACUCUCCUAACCUACGGUGCACAGCUUUGGAUGCCUUGACCCACCCCUUUUUUGAUGAACUACGUGAUCCAAACGCGCGCCUUCCAAAUGGACGUUUUCUUCCCCCACUAUUCAACUUUAAACCUCAUGAGUUGAAGGGAGUGCCAGUGGAGACGUUGGUGAAGUUGAUACCCGAGCAUGCUCGAAAGCAAUGUUCUUUCCUUGGAUUGUGAUUUGAAGUGACAAACUAGCAAGUCUUCCAUAUGGAAGCCAUGUGUUAUUUCCCGCUCUUUUCCAUGCUCAUUUGUUAGUAUUUUCUCUUUGUAUUAUCUUGUUUUGUAAAAGCAGAUUUAGGAAAAUACUACCCAACUUUUGGCCAACCUCAAUGGGUAUCAUGAUUACCCUGUUUCUGUAUCACCAACAGAUUUGUAACAUUACAUUGUCAAGGAUGAACAUCUGUUUAAAUGAUCUGUUUGAUACUCGGAUUUCAGUUUAA